ACGUCGCUCUGCUGCAAAAGAUGAGUGGUGGAUAUCAGUUCCAAACACCGAGGCCUGGGCUGCAGUUAGGGGCUGGAGCUACCUCAACUACCCCCCUUGGUGGUGGUGGGCUAAGGUUUCAAACAGCAUCUGAAGCCGGUGGGCUAGGAGCAACAAUGGGUGGUGGGGGGCUACAAUUAGGAUCUGGUAUUGGAGGGAUGAGUGGCAGUGGGCUCCAAUUAGGAGGUCUCGGAGGGACAAGUACUGGGAGUGGGCUACAAUUAGGAGGUGGACUUGGCGGUACGAGUGGUGGUGGGCUACAAUUAGGAGGACUUGGUGGUGGUGGGCUCAGAUCGGGACCUGGUCUAGGAGCAACAAGUGGUGGUGGGCUGCAAUUAGGGAUGGGAACAACGUCAGGUGGCGGUGGGCUCCAAUUGGGAGGAAUUGGAACGUCAGCGGCACCAGGAGGCCAGGGACUGGUGACUGGAGCAACACAGCAAUCUCAGCUCCAACUGGGAGGAGGUCUAGGCCUUCAGAAGCCAGUUGGAAUUGGGGGAGUAGCAGGGACGACAGCUGGUACCGCGGGAACACUAGGAGGUCUCCUUGUCACACCAGCUUCCCAACAACCCUCUUCCUUCUCUAGCGGGAGUUUGACCACUACAACUGGAACUGCAUCUCUUCUAGGAAGGGGAGGGGGAGGGUUGCCACAAACCACUCACCAGCCCUCGCUUGGGUUCAACCUGCAAACAGCCACUGCUCAAACCACCUCUACCACAGCUACUGCCACUAAACCGGUCCUGGGUGGCGGUCUGGGUGGUUUUGGCUCUGCGGCUGGCACCCUGCAACUCAAGAACACUGCAACCACAGCUGGCCCCUCUACCACGGGAAUUGGUGCAACUGCUGGUGUUUUCACCACCACGACCCAGAGUGGGGGCUGUGGCAGGAGGAGGUCGACAGUACACCUUCAAGGAGCUGGAGGAUCAGAUACAAAAGUGGAGUGUGGAGCUACAAAACCAGGAGAAGAUAUUCCAGAGAGAGGCUCAGAGGAUUAAUGCCUGGGACAGAGUCCUCGCCGAGAAUGGAGACAAGAUCACGGAGCUGAACGAGGCCGUGGAGAGAGCCAGGAGCCAGCAGAAGAGUCUGGACAGUGAACUGGACCUGAUCGGCUCCCAGCAAGCCGAGCUGGAGGAGAUCCUGACAGGACUGGAGAAGAAGGCGGAGCUGCAGCAGCCGCUGGCUACCACUCUCCACGCCGACAUACAGAGAACCAAGAUCUACCAGCUGGCUGAGAGUGUGGACGCUCAGCUGCGCAGAAUGGAGCAGGACCUCAAAGUCAUCAUUGAGCAGAUGAACUCCUCCAACGCAGCCGAAGACGAGGAUAACCCCAUGGUAAAGGUGGUCAAGAUACUGAAUGCACACGCGGACUCUCUCAACUGGAUCGAUCGUAACACAGCUCUGUUGAAGCAGAAGGUGGACGAGGUUGGCAAGCAGACGGAGCAGAGGAGGAGAGAGCAGGAGAGGUCAUUCAGACUGGCAUUUGAUCAAUAGCCAGAGUCACACAAUAGGAAUCCUACUCCUCCUCUCACUUCCUUCUGUGUCAACUGGCUCUUCCUGUGAAUUUACACAACACUGUGAUUUAGCCAAUGGUGCAGUGGACUUUCUACUACUGUCUAAACACUUUACCUGUGUAUGGUGCUUGAUUUGAUAAGUCUUGUUCUGUUUGACAAUUGAGACCUGUGGUGCUGCA